AUGAGCGAGGCACGCCAAAUUCAGUCGAUGAUCGACUUCAUUGAGCGAGAGGCUCAAGAGAAGGUCGAGGAGCUCGAGGCGGCGGCGCAGGAAGAGUAUGACGUGGAGAAGAUGCGCCUGGUCGAGGCGGAGAAGACGAAGAUCCGCGUCAUGGCGGAAAAGAAGCUCAAGCAGGUUGACGUGGACCGCCGCGUGGCCCGUGCCAACUACUCAAAGCUGCAGCGCAUGCGGGUCAUAAAGGAGCGGGUGACGAUCGUGGAACAUCUGCUCGAGCAGAUGCGCCAGAGGAUUGUGGCCAUGGUGAAAAACCCUUCCCAAUACAAUCCGAUGCUGGUAAGUCUCAUCCGCCAGUCGCUCAUGUCCAUCCGCACGGACGCCGUCAUCCAGUGCCGCAAAGAGGACGAGGCCGAGAUCGAGUGCGAAAUUCCGAUGCUGGAGCGGUGGUACAAGGAAAAGACUGGCGCCACCAUCUCGAUUCAGGUGAACAAGUGCUACCUCAGCACGGCCGAGGCGUGGGGCGGCGUAGUGGUGAAGUCAACCGACGGCCGCGUCGUGUGCAACAACACGUUCGCCUACCGCACCAAGGCAUGCUUCAAUGAACAUCUGCCCACGGUGCGCUACUACCUCUUCAACCCCAAUGCCUCGAUAUAA